UUUGACUUCAGUUGAUACUUUUGCAUUUAAGCGCGCAGUUCGUAGUCACGGGAAAUACAAAGUAUAAGUAAAUCACAGAAAAUCCUAUUUGCAUCGUAAAUUGUUAGCGCGUAUUUUGUACACUGUGGCAGUUUGAGUGAAAAAGUGUUAAUCAAUAUAUAAAUAAAUAAAAUCUUAAUUGAAAUGCGUACAAUAAUCCUUACAGUCAGCAUCGUUUACCUCUUGGUAUUGAAUGUCUCCAGCGACGACAGUAAUAAAGCACAAAGCAAUGCAGAAAUCUGGCAACAAGAUUUAACGGACACUUUCAAAAUAGAAGGCUCCGAUCAGGGCAUACAAAAGGUCAAUCUUAAAUGUGGUUCCAAUUCGAUGAAUGUUAUGUUAGAAACGGAAAAACCCUUCACUGGCGUAAUGUAUACACGUGGCAGUUUUUAUAAGCAAAGUGCACCCUGUUUUGUUAAACCUUCCACACAAGAUGCUCGUGCUUUGGAAAUGAAUUUCCAAUUAGAUCAAUGUCAAACACAGAAGGAAGGUGAACUUUACUCCAAUAUUGUUGUCAUUCAAAAUGAUCCGGAAUUAAUUACACCUGGUGAUUCGGCAUUCUCGCUGGAAUGUGAUUUCCGUCAACCACGUAAUUUGGAUGUAGAAGCCAAUAUGCAGACACGUGACAGAAUUGUUCGCGGUUCCAAAAUUACACUUACAAGUCCCGAUCCCUCAACACCAGCAACCAAUUCGGACCACUUCGUGCACAGCGAUACGAAUAGUGUUGAAUAUGUGCCAAAUCGUCAAAACCAAAAUGGCCGCCGAACGGAAGCGGAAAACGCUCCAACGGAAGAUAGCACUAUGCAUUUGGGCACUGUGGAGGAGGUUACAUAUACGCUUGAAAGGGAUGAGCUUUAAUAGAUGAGUUAGAAUUUCUAAGCACUGCAAACAUUUUUCACAAAAUAACAAAAUAUGACACAAAAGAAUUAAAUUUUAUACACAAUAAAUACACUUCUUGUGCUAGACAAAAGUCAAAACGGGCGCAAUGAAACGGAGGUGAAACCAUGAAAAUUAAUUCCACAAUUCGUUAAUUUACGGAGGACAUCAUUCAUUCAGUUUUCAAUUACAAUUUAAGUUAAAUAACACAUAAAAAUAAAUUAAAAAACCAUGUAAAUUAAUUAAAAUAAAAUCCUGUGAUAUGUUUGAAGAUGAUUGGAUAGAAAUAUAAUAAAACAUUAUAUGAUUUGUAGUGAU